AUGUUCACUCCAAUUGGAAGAAUAAGAAGAGCAUGCAACAACUGCAACCAGUUUAGCGAACCGCAGAACAUGGCUCACUGUCCGGGUUGCUCAUGCUGGUUCCACGUGCAUUGCCUGGGGGUUCACGAGAAUAUCUUCAAACCAGGGUGGCGUUGCUUAACAUGUUUAGCCGCAGCAGGCCCUCCUGCGAGCGAGUCCACAACAAUCGCUCCAAACGCGACAACGACUUCAACCACCGCUACUUCCUCAGGUGGCUCCAUUCUAACGGAACAAGCAAAGGCAGAUCUUCACUGGAUUGCAAAUCAACGAGAAUUACUCUUACGUGAUGUUGAACGACAACAGCUGGAGUUGGAGCGCAAAAAGGAGAAACUGGAGAGGGCGUACCACAAUCCCAAGCUGCACCUACUGGUGGUAACGUCUCUGCAGGAGGACAACCAGCAUGGUGCGCUCCCCUCACUUGCUCCAAACAUCUUCUACUCCGUACCGGCUUCAACGCAGACGCAAGGACUGCCCCAAGGGGCCCUACAACAAGGACAGCCACAAGGCUGGCUGCCUGGUGCACUGCCACAGGGUGCGCCACAAGGACAGGGUUGGCUACCACAGGCAGAGCAGUUGCAGGUGCAGGGAGAUCAGUUGCAACAAGGAUUGUCACUGAGGGGGUCGUCUCAAGGACAGUGGCAGGGCUGGUCGCUAGAAGCACAGUCACAGGGUGCGCCGUCUCAAGGACUGCCGCAAGGGCAUCCACAGGGUUUGCCGCAAGAUCAGUUUCAACAGUGGCCACAAAUACUGCCACAGGGUGCACCGCUGCAAGGACUACCGCAAGGUGGGCCGCCUGAUGCACUACCACAGGGUGCGCCUCAAGGACAACUACAGGGUGGGCCACAAAGACAAGAUCAGCCACAACAGUGGCCACAACAAGGAUCAUCAAUGGGUGGACCAUCGCUUGGGCAGGGUUUACCACCACAAGGUUGGCCGCCUCAAGGACAGCCGCAGGGGUGGCCGCCACUAGGAGAACCGCAGCGAGAUCAACCACAACAGUGGCCGCCACGAGGUUGGCCACCACAAGGACAACCACAGGGUUGGCCGCCUCAAGGACAGCCCCAAGGACAGCCACAAGGACCUUCGCCACAACAAUUGUUAGCCCGACAGGUGAUGCCCAAAGACCUGCCUAUCUUCCGCGGAGAUCCGGACGACUGGCCACUCUUUCUCUCGGCGUAUAAUAACUCCACUAACGCCUGCGGGUAUACCAACGUGGAAAAUCUAGCGCGGCUUCAGAAAGCGGUACAGGGAAAAGCUCUCGACAGGGUGAAAAACCGCCUGGUUUUCCCUGCCUGCGUCCCCCAGGUGAUGUCUACACUAUACAUGUUCUACGGAAGGCCCGAGGUUCUCAUUCAGACGCUAUUGGACAAGCUGCGCGAAACGCCGUCCCCAAAGGCAGACAGAUUGGAAACGCUGAUCAACUUCGGUAUGGCCGUACAGAACCUUUGCGAUCAUAUUGAGGCAUCUGGUCAAUUGGCUCAUCUUUACAACCCCGUCCUGUUGCGGGAACUGGUCGAGAAACUCCCUACACAACAACGUCUUAAUUGGGCUUUCUUCAAGCAGCAGUUUGCGGAAGUGGACCUACGCGCCUUCGCGGCCUAUAUGUCAGUGCUCGUAGCAGCGGCAUCUGAGGUCACAGUCGUCUCAGAAUCAAAACGUCGAGAUCGCAACAGUGAUAAGAGCUACCUCAAUGCACAUUCGGUUAGCGAUCAAGCAACGGCGACCGACAAUCUCGAAGUAGAGCAGACAAAAAACGAGGUUCGUGACAUAGUCUGCUUAGCCUGUAAUGGAAGUUGUCACAAGGUGAAAGACUGCAUUUCGUUCAAGAAGUGGGAUUCUAAUGCUCGGUGGGAACUGGUUAAGGAUAACCACCUGUGCCGGACAUGCCUGGGCAAACAUGGUCGCCGCCCUUGCAGGAAGCAGUCACGAUGUGGGGUGGACGGUUGCCAAGAACGUCACCAUCAGCUGUUGCAUACACGUACACCAACAGCUGCACAAUCGAAGCACCAAACAUCACCGAAGGAAAUCCACAAACCUCCUCAAGACAACGAACGGCAGGAAGAUGGGCUGAGCGCGCACCAUGCAACCAAGAAGUCCACCCUAUUCCGGAUCCUUCCGGUAACGCUGUCCUGGCAAGGAAAGUCGAUUGACACGUUCGCGUUUCUAGAUGACGGGUCCGAUUUGACGCUGGUGGAGCACUCAAUUGCAGAACAACUCGGUAUUGACGAUGGUGAGCAGAUCCCGUUGUGUUUAUCCUGGACCAGCAACGUGACGAGGCAGGAACCACAGUCCCUGCGCAUCUGCCUGGAGGUAUCGGGCAAGGACAAGAAGGGACAGUUUACGUUGAGCGAUACAAGAACAGUUGCUAGUUUGGACUUGCCGAAACAGACUUUGAGGUAUGCAGAUCUGGCGCGGCAGUACCCGUACUUGCGAGGUCUCCCGGUUAGCAGUUACGAAGCGGCCUCACCUGGCAUCCUGAUCGGCUCAAACAACGCUGGACUAAUCGCCACACUGAGCUUGCGCGAAGGACAACUCGGCGAACCUCUAGCCAGCAAAACACGGCUAGGCUGGACCGUAUACGGAUGCAGUGCCGCAGGACUAAAGACGACGAACUACACUCUGCAUGUCUGCAAGUGCCAGAGCGAUGGCCAAGCAGACCAAGACCUACACGAACUUGUAAAACGACACUUCGCGAUCGAGAGCAUCGGUGUAUCGGCAGAGAAGGGACCAGAAUCAGAGGAAGACAAGCGUGCUCGGAACAUCCUGGAGGCGACAACUAAGCGCGUAUCCAACAGGUUUGAAACUGGGCUGUUGUGGCGACACGAUGACGUCAAGUUCCCCAACAGUUUUCCCAUGGCAAUGCGCCGUCUGGAAUGCUUUGAACGGAGGUUGGCAAAAGAUCCUGAACUUAAGUCAAGCGUGGAACGACAAAUCAGAGAAUACCUGGACAACAAGUACAUCCACGAGGUGACGCCGGAUGAGAUGAAGUCAGCCGACCCCAAUAAAGUGUGGCAUUUACCGUUGGGUGCCGUUCGGAACCCAAAGAAGCCCGGGAAAAUCAGACUUGUGUGGGACGCCGCUGCGAAAGUGGGGAACGUUUCGCUUAACUCAAUGCUCCUCAAGGGACCAGAUCAACUGAAGCCUCUUGCUUCCGUGCUUCGUGAGCGUCCGGUGGCCGUGUGCGGCGACCUUAAACAAAUGUUCCAUCAGUUCAGAAUUCGCCAAGACGAUGUACAAAGCCAACGGUUCCUCUACCGCGAUAAUCCCUCGGGAGAGGUCAAGACGUUCGCAAUGGAUUACAUCAAAAACCUCAAUGCUACGGAGCACGCCGCGGAGUUCCCGGAAGCGGCCAAAGCAAUCGUGGACAAGCAUUAUGUGGACGAUUACCUCGACAGCUUUGACUCCGAAGCCGAGGCGAUCAAGGUAGCACUGGAGGUGAAGGAAGUACACACUCGGGGCGGGUUUGAGAUUAGAAACUGGCACUCGAACUCGAACGCGCUUCUCGAACGGGUCGGGGAGCCGAAGCAGGCACAAUCCACGGUCAUCAGUAUCGACGCGGAGAGCGAAGCCGAACGGGUUCUGGGACUCUUGUGGCUGCCAGAAGAAGAUGUCCUCGCCUUCGCUACGCAGUUGCAGCUGGACGGAAUCCCACCUACGAAGCGGAACAUCCUCCGCUGCGUCAUGAGCCUGUUCGACUCCCAAGGAAUAUUGUCCCACAUCACCAUACAAGGUCGGAUGAUUAUCCAGGACACGUGGCGCAACAAAACGAAGUGGGACGACGAAGUUAUCGAAGCCAUCCGUAUACGCUGGCUUAGAUGGACUAAGUUGUUUAAAAGGGUCGGCGAAAUGAAGCUACACCGUGCAUACUUUCCCGGAUUCUCCGCUGCAGAAGUCGGCUCAGUCGAAUUGCACGUCUUCACAGACGCGAGUGAAGAGGCGUACGCCUGUACGGCCUACUUCCGGGUGGUCAUCAAUGGCAAAGUUUACAUUACACUGGCUAUGGCCAAAGCGAAGGUUGCCCCCCUCAAGGUGUUGUCAGUGCCUCGGCUGGAACUAAUGGGUGCACUGUUAGGAGCUCGGUUGGCCAAGGCAGUCAUGGAAUACCACACCUAUCCGAUCUGCCGCCGCGUCUUCUGGACCGAUUCCAAAACCACGCUAGCCUGGAUCAAUUCCCACCAUCGACGAUACCGCCAGUUCGUAGCCUUCAGGGUAGGAGAGAUACUGAGUAAGACCGACUCAAUUGAGUGGCGGUACGUUCCCACGCUGCACAACCCGGCCGACGAAGCAACCAAAUGGGGAAAAGGACCUAGCACCGAUGUCCAAUCUCGCUGGUUCCAGGGACCCGACUUCCUGUACCUGCCAGAGGCAGAAUGGCCGGCGCAGGCAACAUCGCAGCUGUUAGAGACGGAAGAAGAACUAUGA